CGAGACAAAAAUCCAGAAGGAUAUGCGCAUCAUUUGCUCUUUAUGUUUUAUCCUUUUCGCCAGGAAGCAGAAUUGUUAAGUGAAAACUCGGGUACUUACACAGAGAAAUUAUUGGAAAACGGUGUAUUAGAAAUUAUAAAUACAAAUAAAAGAAUAUGCGAACUUGUUGAAGAAGCAAUGAUAAGUUUUCACGCAAAUGUAAAUAAUCUUGAUUCUUUCGCCGAACAGGAGAUUAGUAAUAUAAACAACCAUGACACUGACGAAAUUCAAAGUGAAACCGAAAAUAUCCCAGUUUUUUGAAACACUUUUUCAUCUAUUACUGAGCCUGGAAUUUCCGAAGACGAACUCCAUAAAAAGAUUCGAACAUUAAAUAAAACACAAAGGCAAAAAUUUGAAGCGGUAAAUGAUUGGGUUAGAACUUACGUAAAAGGUUUAGCAUGUAACGCACACCAUAAAAUUAAGCCAAUUUACAUUUUUCUAACAGGAAGUGCAGGUUGUGGAAAGUCCAAUUUAAUAACAACAAUUUCUGACAUGCUAAAUAAAGCACUUUCCUAUCGUGCAGGAAACUUAAAAAAGGAUAAAAUUCUCAUUUUAGCACCAACCGGUGUUGCUGCCAUUAAUAUAGAGGGAAAUACAAUACAUUCAGCCUUAUGUAUACCAGCGGAUAGAAGUUUCACUAAAAACAUUUCUAAGUUACGUGAUAAAAGAAAUGUAUGCUGCGAAACAAGCGUUCAGAACUAAGCGUUAUUGUAAUAGAUGAAAUCUCAAUGGUUUCAAACAAGCUACUUUUACAUAUUCAUCAACGGCUAACCGAAAUAUUUGGAUGCGCAGAUGACAUUCCAUUUGCAGGAAUAUCUGUUAUAGCAUGUGGCGAUUUCCACCAACUUCCACAAAUUCAAGCAAGACCAGUUUACGCAGAAUACAAAGAUGCAUUAUUAAAUCUUUCACAUUGCUGGAAGUAUUUUAAGAUUGCUGAACUAACGGAAGUUAUGAGACAGCGUGGUGAUCAAUAUUUUAUUGAAUUAUUAAACAAUAUCACAGUGGGAAAAUUAGAAAGUCGACACGAAGAUUUACUAAAAUCUAAAUUUAUUUCACCAAAUGACCCACAUUACCCCAAAAAUGCAAUUCAUAUAUUUGCUGAAAAUAACAUCGGACGAAACAAAUAUCGAAGCUAUUGAUAAAAUUCUAGAAAAUAUACCCGUGCAAUUAGUCCAAAAUCUUAAUUCUCGCACUCAAAUGGAAACAGGUGGACGAAACCUUCUGCUAAAACGUCAUGCAAAAGUCAUGUUGACGUCAAAUAUUGAUGUAUCUGAUAAACUCAUUAACGGACAGAUAGGUACUGUUCAUCGGUUGAAAACCGAUAGCUCAGGAAAUGUAAUAAGUAUAUAUUUGAAAAUGGAAGACAUAUAUACUGGACUUAAAGCUAUGACAACAGAUCCAUAUGCUAUUCAAGAAAAUGUUGUUCCAAUUGAUAGAGUAGA